UGCUGUUGGCCGCCGGCGCCGCGUGCCUCUGCUGUGCCCGCACCGCCUCCCCCCACCCCCCCCUCCCCCCACCCCUCCCCUCCCCCCGCCCCCCUCUCACCACCACCACCUCCACCACCACCAGCACAACCUCCACCACCACCGCCACAACCUCCACCACAACCGCCACCACCACCACGGAACGAAGCCGCUCGUCGCUUCGCGUGCGACACGCGACUCCUCGCCGCCAUCUUGUGCCAGGCGCGCGUGGCAGAGCACGUGGCGAGGGAGUUUUUGAGGAGCGGAAACCGGAGCGCCGUUGUCGCGUGGGCCUCCUGGAGCCUGGAGGCCUCACUGCUGCCCGACCCGGCCAUCUCCCAAGUGUGGGCCCAACGGCGGCUGUCGUCCCUGUGGAGGGAGGUUGUGGGGGGCUCUGCGCUGCUUGUCUCGGCUCUGAGCGGCGCCGCUGGGGCCCUGGGGGACCCGGCUCCGGCAGUCAGCGCCCUAGGGCACGCUCGCUCCCUGCACCACGUGCUGGCCGCCAUGGAAAUGACAUCAGAGCCAGCAGCGGAAGCGACUCAACUGGCGCAGGAAGUGAUGUCGCCGCCGCGCGUUACAAACAGUCCGAGGCAGGCGGCGACAUUGUCGCAAAAGGACGCGGUGGAGCAAGCGCAAAGAGUGACAUCACAACCACUGGCCGUGGGGCAGGAAGUGACAUCACAACGGCGAGAAGUGAUGUCACAGCCGCCAGUCGCGGCACAGGAAGUGACGUCGCAAACGCGGGCCUCGAGACAGGAAGUGACGUCACAGCCGCCAGUCGCGGCACAGGAAGUGACGUCGCAAACGCGGGCAUCGAGACAGGAAGUGACGUCACAGCCGCCAGUCGCGGCACAGGAAGUGACGUCGCAAACGCGGGCAUCGAGACAGGAAGUGACGUCACAGUCGCCAGUCGCGGCACAGGAAGUGACGUCGCAAACGCGGGCCUCGAGACAGGAAGUGACGUCGCAGCCGCCAGUCGCGGCACAGGAAGUGACGUCGCAAACGCGGGCAUCGAGACAGGAAGUGACGUCACAGUCGCCAGUCGCGGCACAGGAAGUGACAUCGCAAACGCGGGCAUCGAGACAGGAAGUGACAUCGCAACCCCAGGAAGUGACGUCACGGAGGGCCCGUCGGCUUGGCGUGGCGGAGGUGUUUGCCGUGUCGCGGGACUAUUUGCGAGGUAAAGUGGCCUUGUUCCUGCGCCUCGUCGCCAUUGGCUGGUGCCCGGCCAAUCAGAAGAGACGUCGGCGGAUGCUGUGCCCCAAACCGUGAGGUCGGACCGAAUCGUAGUAGCAGCGCGUGUGCACAGAACGCCCCACCACAUCGCAAACGCGGGCAUCGAUGAUAUUUAUCGAUAUUUUAUAUUUGCCACAGGGGAGUGAGAUCAUCAUCAUCGCAACUGCGGGUGGCGAGGCAGGAAGUGACGUC